GAGAUGCUGGUGUGAUCGGUCUAUCAGGAAGAAGAGAAGAAGAAGCUGGAAUCUCUUUUCGAACUGCUUUGGCACGAUCGAUGCCAUUGAUUGAUUCGUCUUGCUGGGAAUGAGCUGAGCCACCUCGCCUCGUCGGCCUCCUCGUCGGCUUGUUUCGUACUAGAUGAAGGUGAUUAAGCAGAAGAAGAAUCGCCGCCAUGUCCGUUUUUUCAAGGCUUGCUUUGGGUUCCACGAACCAUUUCGGGUUCUUCUCGAUGGCAAUUUUGUCCACAUGAGCCUGAAGAUGAGGGACGCUGUGGGGGGUCUAAAGGAGGCGAUCCCGAAGAUUCUGGGAGGGCUGGCGAAGCUGAUGGUCACAAGAUGCAUACUGACAGAGCUGCGCAAACUGGGGAAGGAUUUUGAAGGAACAGUCCUCGCUGCGCGCCGAAUGGAAGUCGCAAGAUGCGGACACGUGUCUCCCUUGUCAGCGGUUGAUUGCAUCAAAUCGAUGGUGGGGGAGGUGAAUCCUGAGCACUUCUUCGUGGCGACUCAAGAUGCACAGCUGAGGGGUUGGCUGAGAAGCGUUCCUGGGACAGCACUCAUGUUCCUGCUGAAAACUGGGGUCGUGCUUGAGCCGCCGUCUAAAUGGCAGCAGGAAUAUGCGCGGGCUAAUGAGAUGGAAAGGGCAAGAAUGAACAUGAGAGAGAAGAAAAUUCUGGAAGGGCAGUCGACAAGAUUAGCAGUUGGUGGUGGUGUAUCAUCAUCUGAACGGGAUCGGGAUGGCGCAGAGGCCGCUGGAGUAUCGAAGAGGUUGGCGGACGAGUCUGCAGCCACAGGUCAGGCUGACGCUAGCAGUGGUGGCGGCGGAGGAGGCGGAGGCGGAGGCGGAGGCGGAGGGGAAGACGACAGAGCGGAGACGUUGGGUUUAGGGUUAGGCGCAGCAAACGGUGCAGAAGUGAAGGGGGUGGAGAAAGCAGAGGAGCAGGUACAACAGACAGCUAGUCCGCAAGUGAAAAGGAAGAGGAGAAGGCCCAAGGGGCCCAAUCCUCUCUCGGUGAAGAAGAAGAAAGUUGUUCCAAAGCUGCCAGCAGCAGCAGCAGCAGGAGCGAAGGGUGGAGGAGAAGGGCAAGCGGACGCAAAAGCAGGAGGGGCAGGCACGAAAACGCGCAAGAGAAGAAGGCGGAGAAAGGCAAAACCAGGCGAAGAGAAUGAGAAGUCUUCAGGAGACGCUGUUGAAAGCGGAUUGGAUGAGAGAGAGAGAGAGACAGAGAGGAAGCGACAGAGGACAAUAGAGUGUUAAUUAAGGAGGCAUUUCACUUU